UGCACAUAUUAGACAAGAUACAAAAAAAGAGGGAAUUAUACAUUCUGAUUAUCAACACCAUUGGAAUCUUGUUCAUUUUACUCUUAUUAUAUUCCAUAGUUAAACGAUUAUCAUUUUAAGAUCAUUGGGAAAAAUGCGUUUAUAUUUAACUUUAUUUGCUUUAUGUACAUCGUAUCUUGUAUUCGGUCAAGAAGAUUAUACUAAACCUGAUGAUGAAUCGGAUGAAGAUCCUUGUGAAAACGUAAAAUGUAAAUUGGGUGAAAUGUGCAAAGAUGGCAAAUGUAACUGUUUGGAUAGUUGUCCAUCUGAAUGGAAUAGUUAUAAUCGACAAUUAUGUGUAGAUGGUGUCACAUAUAGACAUGAAUGUGAUCUAUGGAGAAAUCAAUGUUAUUGUCGAUCAGGUGAUUCAAGAUGUGGAAGUGAUCAAUUCAGUAAUCAUAGAGCAAAUGAAAAUUCUGCAAUAAAAUAUUAUGAUGAAUGUCGUGAUCUUAGCGGUUUAUGCGAUUGGGAUCAGAAUGAAAGUACAUUUUCUCUUCGACUUGGAAUGUGGUUUCAAGAGUUGUUACGUCAAAAAUGGUCUUCUGCUUCUUGGUCAAAUGAUGAUGAUAGUCUACUUCGUCCAAUGGAUGCUAAAGCAAGAAGUACUACAAGUAAAUUAGUAUCACAAAGUUCACCUCAUGAAAGAGUUAAUGGUGCUGUGAUUAGUUAUUGGUUUUGUGAACUUGAUCGAAGGAAUAGAGGAUCAUUACAACAAGAUGAUUUGAACUACUUAUAUCAAUUGUUAUUACCUUCAACACCAUGUUUAGAAGUAUUUAUUAAUCGAUGUUCCGGUUCUGGUGGAAUAUCAUUUGAUCAAUGGCAUAAUUGUUUUGAUAUUCCUCAAGAAGAACGUGUUCAAUGUAACGAAUUCAAAUAAACAAUUUGUAAUAUUGAUCAUUGAAUGAGAGAAAAAAAAUAAGAGAAAACUGUUUACAUAGAAACAAACAAACAUAAAUGCAACACAUUUUUUUGUUUUUUUGGAUGGGGGUGGAUUCUAAGGAACUUAAUUAUGAUUGUGGAAAAGCAAAUCUGUUAUUUUCCCAAAUGUAAACAAUUGUAUACAA